AUGGUUCUUCGCCGAAAUUGUACUCAAAUUCCAUGUGAAAUCAUGCAAAUUAUGCCUACAACUACUGAAGAUAUCAGAUGUAAAGUAGGUGGCCAACUCAGCGUACCGAUUCAUGUAGAAGGAGAAAAUGCCUCAAUUGAUGAAAGAAUCCAUUGCAUCAAAAGUCCAGCACUCGAGUUAUUAGCCAAUGGGCCACCUUACCCGUCAAUAAUUGCUCCUGGGCGCAUUCCUGUCAUAAGUAAGCUUUUUGCAGAUGUAAUUUUUCGUCGUUAUCGUUCGUCGGAUAGUAUUUGGGCACUUGUACUUGAAGACGAGCCAAUCACUUAUUAUCCAUGGGGCGCCGAGAAACGAAUAUUUCCUCUGUUUGAUCUUACAGUUGGGUACGAUCGGAUCCUAUAUCAUGUGGUGACACCUGCCUACCUGCUUCGUUAUAAAGAUAAAUUAACUACGUCUCGAGCCUCUCUCAACUCAACAAUGCUUGCAAAGACUAUAAAACCUGAUUUCGUUACUUCAUCUGUGCUCUGGAUGAAUAGCAAUUGUUAUACACCUUCUCAUCGUACUGAAUACAUGAAAGAAUUCAUGUCCUUCAUGCAUGUUGACGCUUGGGGCAAGUGCGGUAAUAAUAAAGGCAAAACUCUACCUUACUCCAUUGGACGUAUUCAUCAUUGCAAUUUUACUGGUGACUUCUAUAAAAGCAAUUGGAUUGAGUGCAAGAUGACAUUGAGCGAAUAUUAUCCUUUUACUGUUGCGAUUGAGAACAGUAUCGAUCAUGAUUAUGUUACUGAGAAAUUAUGGCAAGCUUUGGCAGCAGGCAGUGUUCCUCUAUACCUAGGCGCCCCCAAUAUCGACGAAUGGCUUCCAUGUAAAAAUUGCAUUGUUGAUUUGCGUCAAUUCGAUAGUCCUAGUGCUGCAGCUAAAUUUGUUCUAUCAGUUGCAAGCAAUGCAAGUCGUUAUGCCGAAUUUCAUAAAUGGCGUGAACAGCCCGUACCACCGAAAUUUCAAGAGAUACUCGACUAUUUUAAUCGAGCCAGUGCCUUCUCAACUGACUGCAUGGUCUGUAACAUGGCCCACAGUGAUAAUCCUAAACUAGCACUGCAUAGAAUUUUGAAUAGCAUUGGACCUGUCUUCGGUUCCCGUAGCGUAACUAACUAUAGCUAG